UCCCUCCGGCAUCCGGCGCGGACGCCAUGGUGCGGUUCAAGCACAGGUACCUGCUGUGCGAGCUGGUGUCCGAGGACGCGCGCUGCCGCCUGAACCUGGACGACCGCGUGCUGAGCGGGCUCGUCCGUGACACUAUCGCCCGGGUGCACGGGGCCUUUGGCGCCGCCGCCUGCUCCGUGGGCUUUGCAGUUCGGUACCUCAAUGCCUACACCGGAGUAGUGCUACUUCGAUGCCGGAAGGAUUUCUACCAGCUUAUGUGGUCAGCUCUUCCUUUCAUCACAUACUUGGAGAACAAAGGACACCGUUACCCAUGUUUUUUCAACACAUUACAUGUGGGAGGUACAAUUAGAACCUGUCAGAAGUUCCUGAUUCAGUACAACCGGAGACAGCUGUUGAUCUUGUUGCAGAAUUGCACUGAUGAAGGAGAGCGGGAAGCCAUCAAGAAGUCUGUCUCAAGAAGCUGUCUGCUGGAGAAAGAGUCUGUCGAAGAGCUUUCAGACAGUGCUGGUGAAGAGGUUGCUGAAGCAAUGGAGUGACCCUUUUUCCAGGCCCAGUUUUGGGAACAAGGCAUUAUGGAAGGCAGUGGCAUUCCAUAAUUUUCCAGCUGACAGCCAGCCAGAGCACAGGUGACCAGCCCAGACGGCUUGCUGCCUUACCCUCUGUCCAUGGUCGUGAAAGCUCUGAAUGGGCAUUUUGUAUGUAACUGCUUGGCUACAUAGGUGUAAUAAAUGUUCUUAGCUUCCAGAGCAA